UUGUUAUUUAUCAGAAUCUUCUGUGAAACCGUGACGUCACCGCGGCUCUCGACCAAUCACAGUCCAGGAUACUUAGACGUCCCAAGACUUUAAACCGGAAGAGUGAAAGUAAACAAACUAGUUGAGACUGAGAAGCGACAGGCGGAUCGCUCCAAGUUCAGAAGUGAACGAGUUGCAUUUAAAACGAUGUAACCUACGCGGGCCGAUUAAGUGAUCCACUUAUUGAUCCACUUAUUGAUCCAACAAUCUCCGCGUGUCAACAUACAUGGCUGUGUUGACAGCUAUCUGCUAGCUGUCGUUAGCUGCACAGCUAAAUCUCUCUGCGCCAACAAACCAGCGUCCAUUAGGAAGCAGUACAGAUGCCUCAGGAGGGAGAACAGGCUCUUCCUCUGGUUCGCUCCCUGAACAGCCGGGUCCCCGUCAGGGCGGUGUUUUGUAACAACAGUCCCCGGGUCGUACGACCACUAUGGAUAGAUUUCCGCGGGGAACCUCGGGCGUACCGCGACCUACAGCCAGGAGCGAGACAACUGAUGAACACCUUCAUCGGUCACCCAUGGAUGUUCAGAGAUGUAGAGAGUGAUGAGCUACUGAAGGUGAACAGCAAAGAACUGUUUCUUCCCAAACCAGCAGAGGGUGGGAAUGCUACAAUUGCUACUAUCACUUUACCAGUUUACAGCCUCAAGGAUCGUGCUCUUCAGGUUAUCCGGCGUCUGGUACGACCAGAAGACUACAGGAGGUUGGAAAUAGCGCGGUGUCUCCACGAGGAGCUGGAAGAUCCGCCCAGUGUGUUGAAAGAUCUCCUCCGCAUGAACCAGCGAGUAGAGCAGCAUCUUCUGGAGAGGAUCCAAGGCCAGGAGGAAUGAAGAGGAAAAACUGGAUGGAUAACGGUCACGUAUGGACAGCAAUAUUAUAUUCCACACUAUUAGAAAGCAAAGAAUUGAGUUAGUAAUCAGGUGGGUGAGCAAGUGUUGCAAAGCCUUAGUUUCUUACAUUUCCUGCAAACAAGACUCCGUUUGACCUGCUGCCUGUUUUACUCACUCACUGGCAAAUGUCUUCUUCAACAGAAAAAAAGAGGUGAUUUCUUUAAUGUGAUGAGAUUGAUCACAGUGAGAGAUCUGAAUAUAGUUUAUAUUCUCAUGGGAACCUUAGAUAUGGUUAUCUUUACUAAUCCAGUAUACUGCACAUCUCUCAAAAACAUUUUACUUUGUUUUCUGUUGUUGUUGUUGUUGUUGUUAAGCGGUUUAACCAAGACUGAAUUGUUCAGCAAUCAUCAGCAAGCUUUUGCUUUGGCACUUUAAAUCUUGAUUGUGUUGCCCUAUUCUGGAAAAUGUUUUCAGAAUAUACCUGCCACCAUAAAUGUGCAGAAUCGCCUCUAAAACUUUGUCUUGCAGGUGAUUUCCAAUAGUGAAAACUUAAUAAUUAACCCUGUCUUGACAGUUUUAAAGUUGAGUCUAUGAAACACUGUGACUGAGGAGCAUAUGCCUUUUGUCUUUGCCUACUUUGUAAUUCUUUUUCUUUUUUUCUUCUGUCAUCCUGUUUUAAAUUCAUACAUUGUGACUGUAUCUCAAAGACUUUCAAUGUUUAUUUGUGUAAAAAAAUAAAUAAAAGAUAUAUUUCUUACUGAAA